UGAGACAAGCAGCGUAGCAGUUGCGAUUGGGAGCUCGGGGAAGACACAUCUCAGUUGUGCGUGAAGUGGCGGCCAGAGCGAAGAGGCCAAAGCAGAGCUAGAGAGCGAAAAGGAGGAGAGCAAGAAAAACACCGAAACCCUCGCUUUGAAGCUCAAAGUUUGAAAUGUUGACAGCUCAUAAGAGACUUAAAUUACAGUGAGGCUCCCAAAAUAGAACGGUGCAGUCAUAUUGGCUUUCCACAGGUCUCGACGAAGGCCAAAGAGCAGAGUUCAAAAUAGCAAUCUCGAGUUGGCUAACAACAGCGAAAUGGAAGGCAAGAUGGACGAGGCUCGAUUGUACAAAUCCGGGACGAUCAAGUCCUCGUGUUCCGCCGAGUCUUCCGAAUUGGACCAAGACUUCUUCCCUCACUUCCAUUCACAUCAGAAACAUUCAACCACCUUGAGCAUCCGAAGGAAGCUACUUCUGCUCCUCUUCAUUGCUAGCCUGGCCCUCUUAUCGAUCGUAGUGAUUAGUGAGCAACUGAUCUCCAGAUACAUGGACCGACAGCAAAGCCAAAGCCAUCUGAGAACCUCAAGCCACGGUGACGCGCCGCCGGUGAUUGAGAUCGACAUCUACACACUCGAAAGAUGGGCCCAAGAAGCCAAACGGCAUAAAGAUGACAAGAUACCAUUGGAAGACAUCAGGAAGAGUGCCAAGCAGGCGUUUAUGGACUUGAGCGGGAUUAAUCUGGUCGAGGACGGGAUCUUCUGGUCCGGAGCCUUGGAGGCUCGAGUGCCACAUGGUCCCAGUGAUCAACAGGUCCAGGAUCAGCUCCAAGCCAUGCGAUCUCGACAAGUGGAAGAAAUCCUCGAUGCCGACUUUAGUCAUUGCGGUCGCGAACAGAAUCGACGCAUUCUCUUCCAAGAUGGCACGGAGGCGUGUGCCCGGAAUCGCGAGGAUCACGUCGAGUUCGUCCAAGGUGAAGUGAUGGCCUUUUAUCUGGCUCGCCUGCUCGGCAUCACCAAUACUCCACCAGUGGCUUUGUCAUCGGUGAAUGGUUCGGCUUGGGAUGGCGUCCGACAAGGUGCAACAAAUUGGACCCAAACCAACACAAACAAGAUAGUGGCCUUGAUCCAAUGGAUCCCGGAGUUGACGAAAGUGGUUAUCCCUCCAGCUUUGAGAGAAGCUUUGGACACUAAAGAGGCUUUGGACAUUUACAAAGGAGAGAAGUUCCAGGAUCUGGACGAGGAAGAAAUGGGAGAGCUUGUCCAAUGGAGCGAUCUCAUCAUCUUCGAUUUCCUCACUGGCAAUUACGAUCGUGUGGCAACCAUGCAGGAUGCCGCGUCGAAAUUGAAGCGACCCGGUCUAAUGAAGGAGACGGUCCGGAAUCUGGCCAAAAGUACUCGAACCGGAUCGUUGUGGAUGAUCGACAAUGAGUCGGCGUUUUUGGCCGGAUAUGGAGUGAUACAUCUGCAGAAGGACCGCAAAAUGUCACUUUAUCUGGAAGACUUGCUCAAAGCCAAUUGCAUUUUCCGUCGAACCACUGUUCAACGGCUGUUUGCUCUGCACAAGAGUGCCAAACCAGCCGAGCUGCUCAUCCAUCUCACCCAACAAAACGAGCCUCUCUUCCAAGAACUCCCAACCAUUCACGAGAACUCGAUUUUCGUGCAGCAUUUUGCUGAACGACUGGAACAAGUGUGGCAAUGGGUCCAGCAUUGUCAAAGUCGCUUGGAUUUCAUUGGUUGAUCCGCCAUUUCAUGGACAUGGUCCAAAAGAAGCCAAAGCCAUGUAUUGUAUUUCUUUGCAAUGCUUUCCAAUGCAAUUCUUUCAGACAAGUAACCAUUUCUGUACAUAGAAAUUAAUGUCCCAAAGAGGACGAGCUAAAGGCCCCUAAUCUCGGGGGCAAGCUCGCUUGAUGAGGCAACAAAGGAACCAAUAAAUUGUUGAAACAUGUGA